UGUUUUCGGCCACUGAAAUUAAAAUGCUAUUAGAUGCAUCCCUAAAACAAACUAUUUCUCUCAGAUACUCGACAGCCUACGCAGAGUCGGACUACACGGAUCGGGACACGGACAGAGAGGAGGGUGAGCCGGAGCCUGAUCAAGAGUCUGAGGAAGAGGAGGACAGGAGCUGUGCCACAGUCCUUAACCUCCAACAAGAAGAUUCCCAAGAGGAAGAGGUGGAAGUCGAGGAGGGGAAGGAAGACAAGACAGAGGGAAGGCUGCAGCUGAUGACAGAAGUUCCUAGUGGGGAGCUGGCUCUUCUCCUGGCUCAAAGUGACAUCCUUCACACUGGAGAUGCCAGGUUGAAAGCAGGAGGCUUCCAACUGCUGAUGGAUAACAGGACUGAGUACGGAGACAGCAGGGAGUUUCUAUGGCGACUUGCUCGAGCCUAGAGUGAUAUGUACGAGUCAGCAAAGAACAAGCAAGAGAAAACAAGCUAUGCACUAAAAGGUCGGGAGGAGGCGGAGGUGGCCCUGAAGAAGAGUGGUCUGAAUGCUGAGUGUCACAAAUGGUAAGG